UCUCGCGAGACCAGAUGGUCCCGGGACCUGACGGUGAGCGCACGACUGCGGGUCCGGACCGGAGAGAGAACAGCCAGCGGCUCCCCUGCAGCGGACAUGUCGGACUGGCGCUCGCACUAUCCCAAUGAGGACGAGGAGGAUCAGGAUGAGGUCGAGGAGAAUGAAGAGGAAUUCAAGUUCACAGGAAGGGACAGUUUAAUCUUCCUAAUUGAUGCCUCAGAAACUAUGUUUGAAGAGGACAGUGAAACAAAGAUUUCACCAUUUGAUAUGACCAUUCAGUGUGUUCACAAAGUUUACACCAGCAAAAUCAUCAGCAGUGACCGUGACCUCCUGGCCGUUGUCUUCUUUGGGACUCGAGAGCACAAGAACUCUGUUGACUUCAAGCAUGUUUAUGUGCUCCAUGAACUGGACACUCCAGGUGCUAAGCGGGUGCUGGAACUGGACAAGUACCAAGGGGAGAGAGGCUACCAGCUCUUCAAGAAUGAGUUGGGCCACAGCAGAGACGUCUCUCUGAGUGAUGCACUGUGGGUCUGCUCCAAUCUCUUCAGUGACAUCAGGCUUAAGCUGAGCCACAAGCGCAUCAUGUUGUUCACUAACAAUGACGACCCUCACGCUGCUGACAGCUCCAAAGCACGCAUGGCCAGAACCAAGGCCAGUGAUCUCCGAGAGACAGGUAUUAUCCUUGACCUAAUGCACCUGAAGAAGGCUGGUGGGUUUGAUAUCUCUCUCUUCUACUGCGACAUUGUGAGCCUGUCGGAGGAUGACGAGCUGGGCCUGCAGGUCAAGGAAUCAGCCAAACUGGAUGACCUGCUUCAGAAAGUCAGGGCCAAGGACCACAAGAAACGAGCGCUUACCUGGGUAAACCUGAUCCUGGGCGGAGGUGUGGAGCUCUCGGUUGCCGUGUACAACCUCAUCUAUGGCGUCAAGAGACCUGGUGCAAUCCGCCUCCACCGGGAGAGCAACGAGCCUGUCAAAACCAAAACCCGGUGGUUCAAUGGAGAGACUGGCAGCCUGCUGCUGCCCAGUGACACCAAGAAGGCCCAGGUGUACGGACAGCGACAGAUUGUGAUGGAGAAGGAGGAGACGGAGGAGCUGAAGCGGUUUGAUAAUCCCGGCUUGGUUCUCAUUGGCUUCAAGCCAUUGUCUCUAUUAAAGAAGCAUCACCACAUCAGGUCAUCGCAGUUCAUUUACCCUGAGGAAGAGCUGAUAACAGGAAGCACUACUCUGUUCAGCGCGGUACUCACCAAGUGCCUGGAGAGGAACGUGUGCGCCAUUUGUCGGUACACAUCGCGGAGGAACACCCCGCCUCGAUUCGUCGCAAUGGUCCCGCAAGAGGAACAGCUGGAUGAUCAGAAAAUGCAAACCAUGCCUUCAGGAUUCCACCUGAUCUUCCUGCCAUUUGCCGAUGACAUCAGGAAGGUCAGUUUCACAGAGAAGGUGGUGGCCAAUCGAGAUCAGAUCGAGAAGAUGAAGAGAGUGGUGCAGAAGCUCAGGUUCAAGUACAGGCCCGAGAGCUUUGAGAACCCUGUGAUUCAGAAGCACUUCCGCAAUCUGGAGGCACUGGCGCUCGAUUUAGAGGAACCAGAAGAAAUGGAGGACCUGACACUGCCAAAGAACAAUGUGAUAGAUGAGAGAAUCGGCCAGCUGGCUGAGGAAUUCACGAGUCUGGUUUAUCCUCCUGACUACAACCCCAACGCAAAGGGCCAGCAGAAGAGGAAGCUGGACGACUCAGCCGGCAGAGCGGAGAAGAAGGCAAAGGUGGAGGCGUCUCUGGGGGAGGACGAGAUCAGGCAGCACCUGCAGAGCGGGACUCUGAGCAAGUUAACCGUGCCCGUGCUGAAGGAGGUCUGCAAACAGUACGGACUGAAGGGCAGCAAGAAGCAGGAGUUAUUGGACGCCAUCUCCAACUACUUCAGCAAGCACUGAGGGCUGAGGUGCUCACCACCCAGGCCUGUCCAAGCAGAACCCAGAAGGCUGGACAGACAAACAGUGACCCACAGAUCUGUUCACCUAGGCCCCCGGCUCCACUGCUGGUUGCCGGUAGAGAGCUCUACUCCAAGAACAACUCACAGGCUAUUUUUGUACGUUUUGUAUUUUUCACAUUUAUUCUGGAGUUUGCUUUGCAAAACUACUUGUAACCAAUAAAACAUGUUUUGAAAGUCAUUUUUUGCC